AGAGAUGCUCUUUCGUCGCUUUGCUUUCGUUGAACGCGGUUCGCGUUUUUACGCAUUCGACGUCUUCGAAGACGAUCCGCCCGGAACUGCUCUAGUCGAGACUGUCGAAAGCUUCCGUCAAAGAGCCAAUGCAAUGAUAAAAAUGCAAAAAGUUUUAGACGCCUACCUCACACACACACACACACACACACACACACACACACACGCUCGUUAUCAGUUUUGCAGAAAUGUAAAAUUAUUGAAUGCGAGUCUUUUGGAACCGAAAGAAGAAUAUUAAAUAAUUACGUUCACUUUGCAAUAUUUUUUUUAUAAACAUAAGAGUUUAUGUAAUUGUUUACGCACAAUCAUUAAUCACUGUCCGUUCUGCGUAAACAUUCCUAGUUGAUUUCGUGCAAAAAUUUAGUUGAUUUACUUUUAAAGUAAUUUAAUUCAAGUUUAAUUCGAUUAAUCACGACGUGAUUUUGAUUAAUAAAUACUCUUAUUGUAAUUACUUGCAAGUAUGUUAUUAAUAGAUACUUGUAAUUACACAAGUAUUUAUGUAAUUAUAUAGAUAAGAGGAAAAUGAUUCUAAGAAUUAUAGAUGAUAUAAUUAUAAAUAAUGAAUAUAUGUACAUAUGUGUAUUACUUCUAAAACUAUUAUAGUGAUAUUUUAGUUUCAUAAUUGUUCGAUUAUCGAAACUGUCUUUCUCUUGUGAUCUUGCACGUUGAAAUUUGGAAAAUAAUGACCGCGCGCAUCGUGUCACCUUAGGAUUUGUAAAUGGAAUUGACGUAUCGAUAUAUGUAUGUAAUAUCAGUAUAUUUUAGAGACUAUAUUUUCACCGCACUAUUGUGAAAACAAAUCAAAAAGUGGCUCGACUCAAAAUCAGAACGUACGCCGCCUCGUGCGUGCGCGCCUCAGAACAUAUUUUCAUGUUUGCGUCCUACGAAACAGUGGAACAUUGUCAGAAUGUGUGUGUUCCUCGGAUCAAGUAUCUGUAAAACUCCAAAGGUUUUAAAAGAAUCCGAGAAGCUUUCUACAUCGCGUCCACAAAUCCUUUUCGAAGCAAGCUUAUGAUCCCCCGGCUCUGAUGGCAAUGCUUAUAUUGCUGAUGGCAUACUUUUAUUUUACGCGAGUUAAAAAUUGAUUACCGCCGGCGCAAUACACGCAAAGAGCGUGUCUUACGGUUCGUACUCGAGAUGUUAACAGAAAGAAAGAGUGGUUGAACGCGUCAAGUUAUUAAGACGCGGCGUUUUCCGAGAUUUCCGCGAUCGAGAACAUUGCUGGUGGAAAUAUUAAAUAUAUUAAAUACAAUGUACAAUGGAAUAAAGAUGAUUAACAAGUAUACAUGUCUGUGUAAUAUACAUAUAUAUAACACUGUAUCCCUGACCCCUGUAAUAAAAUAUACUCAAGUGUUUUCGAAAUCAUGAGUAAUAUGUAAAAUGUUUUAGAAAUUCUAUAAAGGUGUUGAAUGUAUAAUAAGGAAAAAGACUGGUCGUGAUGUAAAAACAAUUUUCAUAGGUUCUAUAUUCUCAAGAGAACAUACGUGAUAUUCUCCAAAGAUAACAAAUUUUCAACAAAGGUUUUAAAUAAUAGUAAGAUUUUAAACUUUUUGUAACGCGCCUGAGUAAUUUCGUGAGUUAUUGUAUAUUCUUGCGUUCCCCAUAUAUUUUCUUUCCUGCAUUCCCACAGAAAAUUCACAGAUCUGAUCUAAUUUUAAUCUUUUCAACCUGUGUUUAAGCUCUUUUCUUCUCUCUCUCAAUUUCUCUUGUAACAUUUAUAUAUAUUUAUUAUCCAAAUAUAUUUAUCAUUGCUUCCGUCGCGGUCGAUCGAUCUUCGCGGCGUUUCCAAGUAACUGAUUAUCGUUUACCUUAGAUACGUAGCGCACCCUUGCAAGGAUUAGUCAACUGGCUGUUAUACUAGUUGUUAUACAAAAGAGUGGGAGAAUCUUUAGGGGAGUUGGGCUCCUUUGGUAAGAGGCCCAUUUUGAUCGAUCCAUCAUAAUAUCAGAAAUCAAUAUUAUGCCGGCAUGCCGCUCCAACUCGAAGCGAGUGAAAAAACUUGUGAUGAUAAUGAGGUACUGAAAUAUCAAAAUACUUAUCGCAUGGAACCGCAGAAUACGUUCAAGACCGAUCUGGUGGACAAGAUUGUGAGAUCGGUGAUGAACAAUCGUUUGGACGAGAUUACGUACGACGAUGCGGAGGCCACAAAAUUAUGCGGCGAUAUCGCAACGGAAAUACGGCGACGCGUGAAAAAGCUUAACUUUGAUAGACACAAGAUUAUCGUCACGGUCACGAUAAUCGAGAAGGCCAGUCAGUCCGUGGAAAGGACUCUCGGUUUCCUGUGGGAUAGCGAAAGAGAUAAAUACUCCGCCUUCUCUUUCGAGGGUCGUACUUUUCACGCUCAGUGCAGCGUGUUGGGUGUUUACUACGAGUAACGUACCUGAAGGAGGGAUGCGAUUUUUCUUUCGCGCUUCUUCUCUUUAUUAAAUAUAUAAGAGCACUGUAAAGAGCACGAUAAAUGUAAUAAUUUAACAUAAUAAUUCUAUUGAAUUUAAUCAAUUCUACGCGGGCUCCUGAAUACACAAUACACAAUCAUAUUCACGUUGGACAUAUAGUUUCUUAAUAUAAUUCCUUCUUUAUUUCCCAAGACGAACUGUGCGAACGUUACAAUAUAUAUUAUAUAAAUAUGUACAACAUGGCUGAGUUAGACUGUUAGAAGAAGACUAAUAAAACAAAAGAGAGAUUCUUUCUGUUAUUAUAAAUUGUCAUUUUCAGUAGAUAAUUUAAUAUAAUAUUACCUUGUAUUUACAUUUGCUAAUUGUAAUAUUAUUAAUUAAUAGAUAUCUUUUCAUUAACCCGGCAUUUAUAUGAUUCAGUUUAGAUCGACUGCCACGCAACACGCACCAUCGCCAGCAUGAGAUCCUUCAUAAAAGGAGCCUUCGGCAUUAGCCCCGAAAUAGCCUAAUUGUCAACGACACUUUGCCGCAGGUAAUAUUGACAAACCGGAAGCCGUACUGUCUCUAAUUGUAAGAAUACUGCACGGCGUGAAAUAACAAUAAUUGAGAGAAUCAUUGUUUACGAGCGACUAAAAGUCUCAAUCGUUCUAGCUGAAGAAACGUUUCUUUUAAGAACUUGUCUUAGAAACUUGAAAACAUGGUGAUUGUAUAUAGUUGAUAUAAUUUCAAAGUGGAACAAAGUAAUAAAAAAAAAAUUCUUUUUGAUUCCCCCUUUCGACCUGUCUUAAAUUAAAAAAAAAAGAUUAAAAUAAACCAUGUGUUUUUUAAUUCGUAUCAUGAUACGAUAAACACUUGUUUGACUAAUAAAGAAAAUAAAAGAGAGAAAGAUCUGUUCUAAUCAAUCAGUCAAUCUUUCCAGCCAAGCUCUUUCCGCGCUGUGACAUAUCCUUUUGCC